AUGACCUGUCUCCUCUUAGCUGCCCAGGUGAUGCUGAACCAGCUGACCCUAGUGUCCCACAGUGUGGUGGCUGCUACCUACCAGUGGGAGUACCCCUCCCUCUUCAGCUUCAUGGCCCUGCCCAAAAACAACAUCAGCUACCUGGUGAUCUCCAUGAUCAGUGCUGGCCUCUUCUGCAUAGCUGUUACGUCGUUCAUCUAUGGGGGCAUGGAGAUGUUCCCGGUGGCCCAGCAGCUGUACCGCCACGGCAAGGCCUACCGCUUCAUCUUCGGCUUCUCUGCCGUGUCCGUCAUGUACCUGGGGAUGGUGAUCGCGGUGCAGGUGCACGGCUGGCAGAUCUACAACAAGAAGCUGUUGGACGCCUGGUUCACCUCCACACAACAAGAAGAAGAAAUGAGGACAUAG